ACCGUAUUUUCGAAGGACAACAACAAGACGAGCAAGCUAGCGGCUAACUGUGUAGUGGAUACCCGUCACAACUCUGUUAAAUAUUAGAUAAACAUCAGUUGUCAUCCGGACCCUUGUGGUUAAAGGGUUUCAGCAGACGGAUCAAUGUCUGAUGCAGCAGAACUCCCUGAUAGAAAAGAAGAGGAGGAGGUUACACCUGAACCAGAGGAACAAUCCGACGACAGCAGUGAGGAGGAGGCAGCAGGAGACACAGAAAUGGACUUCCUGCGCAACCUCUUCUCCAGCACCCUGGGCCUCGGCACCGCAGACAAAGUCCUGGAUGAUCUGACUCUGGACGGAGUGGCUCGAUACAUAAAGAGCGGCAAAUGUAAGAACAUCCUCUGCAUGGUUGGAGCAGGAAUAUCCACAUCGGCUGGAAUCCCGGAUUUCCGUUCACCAGGGACGGGCCUGUACGCAAACCUGCAGAAAUAUAACCUCCCUUGCCCAGAGGCAAUCUUCCAGAUCGAUUACUUCAAGAAACAUCCAGAGCCAUUCUUCGCACUGGCCAAGGAGCUUUACCCAGGACAGUUCAAGCCCACAAUCUGUCACUACUUCAUGAAGAUGCUGAAGGACAAGGGGCUCCUGAAGCGCUGCUACACACAGAAUAUUGACACCCUGGAGCGAGUGGCUGGGCUCGAAGGCGACGAUCUCAUCGAAGCUCAUGGAACAUUUUACACAUCCCACUGUGUCAGCUUCUGUUGCCGCAAGGAAUACAAUCUGGACUGGAUGAAAGAAAAGAUCUUUUCUGAUGACAUUCCCAGAUGUGACAAGUGCAGCAGUUUGGUGAAGCCAGAUAUUGUCUUCUUUGGAGAGAAUCUGCCUGUCCGGUUCUUCACUUCAAUGAAGAUGGACUUUCCACGCUGUGAUUUACUCAUCGUAAUGGGAACCUCCUUGCAGGUCCAGCCGUUUGCAGGUCUAGUCAGCAGGGUUUCAAAAAGUUGCCCCAGACUGCUCAUUAACAUGGAGAAGGCCGGGCAGGCUGACCCCCUGUUCGGGAUGCUUGGUUUCGGAGGAGGGAUGGACUUUGACUCAGAUAAGGCGUACAGAGACGUGGCUCACAUCGGUACAUGUGAUGACGGCUGCUUGGCUCUCGCUGACCUGCUGGGAUGGAAGGCGGAGCUGGACGAACUGGUGAAGCAGGAGCACGUCAGGAUCGACAGCCAGGACAAAACGGAGAAGGCCAGCGGGAGCAGCAAAGCUGCAGCCAAGUCGAGCUCUGCAUCGGUGGCACCGGAGCCCAAAAAGGAAGAGUGACUAAUUCAAAAGAUCCCCUUCUUUUAUUUAAAGCUACUGUAUUGAGGUAAGGUUGGCCCCUAGAGGCCGAUUGUGACACCCGGGUUUCUGAUUGAGGGUGAGCAUUGACGAGUGUCUGUCACACUGUAGUUUUAACCUGCAGACAUUUGAUUCCUCUGAAAAUCUCACAUUUAACAGCCCUGUGUUUUACGCUUUUGUUAAUAAUUGCACUUUACUGACAUAAAUUUACUUUGCUAUGUUUUUGCAUAAGCCCACAUUCAUCUCAGAUGUACAGUGUGAGUCUGAGACCACUAGUCAACAUACUUCUAGUUUGCAUCUGUUUCAAACAUGAUGCAAAUUUUCAUUCAUCAACACCAAACACCUCAGGCAGUGGGACCAUGGUGAAAGCUGAAAUCUGUGAGCCACUUCAACUCUCGUCACUGAUUCCAGUUUAUGCAAAAAGAUGAAGAUAAACCAGUCUGUCGUGCAUUUUAUCGCUCAUCUUUUUCCCACAGGCCAAAAGGGAUGUCAUGCACGGAUCAAAUGUUGAUCAAAAAAAAAGAUCUUUCUGAAAGGUGAACUGAGAUGGUUGUAAAUAUAACAGCAGGAUACUUGGUUAUGUGAAACAUAGCAACAACAAAAAAAUGUCUUGAUUUUUAACUAACAAUGUUUUUCAAGUUUACCCCUCUGCUCCCUGUUUGAACUCACUUCUGUAAUUGUUUUUAACACAAUGUUCUCAGACGUUUAUGACACAAAAAAAUGAUGCUCUCUUGAGUUUAUGGAGCUGCAAACUAAAGAUGAUGCACAGAAUAUAAUCAGUACUUCGCUCUGUCUGUUGUCAGGAUCUCAGUUUUUCCGAAGUUGAUUUUGCCUUUCUUGAGCUAUAGAUAGUGCUGAAGAGGAAACUACUUUUAGUGAUCAAGUCUCUCUGUCAAGUCAAAUUGAUCACUACGAGCAGAUGAUCACUAUAAACAAUAUGUUUCCUUUUUUUUUCCUCAAGCAGAUUACCAUCUCAUUGACUCUUGUUUGAAACUGUCGACUUGGCUAUGUACUGAUUUAAGAUAAAAAUAACAUAAGCCGUCUCCUGGUCCUGAGGUCUUGAGUAGUCAGAGUCUACUAACGUGAUAUAAGCGGGGACGAUGGUUACACUGCACAAGUCCGCAAACGCCAGCAGAGCAGGAACAGGAGUGCAAAUUAACCCUCCGUGCUACGGCGGUCUAAGUAAAUGAAGAUAUUACAUCCCGCACGAGUACCCACAACAACUGCAUCUAUACAUAUAUUCGAAAAGAGCGUUUGCAUAUGACAGCCUACAGUAACAGGCAACAAGAGUUUUUAUUUUUUUUCCCACAUGCACUGAGAUAAUAUGUUUAAGAGCAUUUAUACAGGAAUCAUCCUGUCCCAAGAUUUUGGAUCUCUAGAAGCAGUUUCCACUGUAUUUGUGGAAGCUGUAGGAGAAUGGAUUUUUUUCCCAUGUAACAUAAAGAAAUACAGUAGUGGACACAAUAUUAGGACAAUAUUAUGGAAACCAAUACAAAACUUCUGCAAUAAAUCUACCCUUUUAAACCUGA